ACUGAUUAUCCAGUUUGUUCGUUGUGUCGAAGUUUGUUUCCAGACUCGCCGUCUAGACGGUGCAUUGUUUUGUUGGAGAGGAUUUGAUUUCCCGCCGAAUAGAAAUAGUGUGUCGAAUAGCCGCCGUGUCGCUGCUGAUCUGACAGUUUUGACAGACGUCUCUAGCCAACGCCGCUCCAAGUCAAAUACAUUGCUGAUUGCACAAAGGCAUGUUUGCCUUCUUUGUUGUUUGAAAUGUUCGAAUAGUUGUCGAUGGUCGUCCACGAAGGAUCGUAUGAUGGAUUCCGACGAUGAAGACGUGUCUGAGAACGACAUUCUCGAUUGGUACAAGAGUGAAGUAGCUGAUAUUUGGGACACGGCUACCGAUUCAGCCUUCGCCGAUCUCAGUUCCAAUUUUACAGAUAUGUUUAGACAGGUCAUGAAUGAUGUGAAGCAGAGGAGUCAGGCCAGCCAAGUGCCAAAUGGCCAUGCCCUUGAAGUCAAUGGUCACCCUUCUGCGAUGAAUGGUGUACAUGAACCACAGGCAUCUGCAGAGCCUACCACCAACACUGUUUCUGUCAGCUCUGACCAGUUGAUGGCAAUGCUUCAAGAUGAAGACGAAGAUUGGCUGGAGGAUAGCAAUAGUCCUUCACAAGACGAAGAGCCAAUGGUUCUCUCCGUUCAGCUAACAGAUCCCCAAAAUCCACAAACUGAAGAGGACCAAAAAAACGUGAAGGGAGUCAGUCAGGAGAGUAAUCACCUGGCUGACUCCAUUUUGCUGCUGUCUGGAACAGCACUCCAAAUCUCCCUGUCAGCAUUAAAGUUUUUGUUCUAUUUCUUCGUCAUACUGAUUGCAAUUUAUACUACUUCUCUCUUCCACAAGCCAUUACAAAAGUGGUUUCUCAAAAAUGUUCAAGACUAUAUUUAUCCCUCCAUGAGGCUGCUUCGCUUUGCAACACUGCCAUUGAUUAAAUCCUACCCAUUUCUAACUGACCUGCACGAAGAAACUUGCUUAAUCUCUAAUCCGUGGUAUGGCUACGGGAAGAGUACUGCUGACUGUUGGCCUUGCAGUCAAGUAACUGCUGUCGAACAGAGAAAUGUGUUGGUCGACGAAUUCAAAUCUGGUUAUUAUAAUUCUGGCAUACCCAUCCUGAUGAAGGGCGCUGGCGUCAAAGUAACCUUGGAAGAUAUUAAGCAAAUCUAUGCAAGGAACGGUAAACAACUUUUGCAGGGAAUUGGCGGUUUCAAGUCGAAUCAAUUCUCAAAUUUAAGCAACUUUUUAGAACAGCCAUCGAACCUCUUACAGAAGGACUUUCGAGCAUACUGGAAAAUCAAUCGUGUUGGUUCUGCUCGACUCUUUCGUCGUUUGUAUAAUCGACCACCAUUUAUUCCUUUGGAUACCGAAGUAGCGCUUCAUAAGCACUUAUUCAUCGAAGGAGUGCAAUCGCACAAUUCUAAUAAGAUGCCCAGAACAGAAUUUGCGAACGUUUGGCUCUCGCAGAGUAGCGGUUCCAGGAUUAUUCGUUUGAUUCCUAUCGUGUCCUGUGCAGCUGUGUGCCCUCAGAUGGAAGUUAUGUUAAAUGCCGGAGAUAUUUUGUACUACAACUGGCAGUUUUGGAAUCCGAUUUCUACUUCGGCAAAUCGCUAUGAGGAUGAAAUUAGUAUAACAUAUGUCGGUUCAUUUUAUUAAUACACAAUUCAGAGCCACA